CGAUAGUGCCAUCGAUAGUUUUCCAGCUCUAGCACAUGUCUGACGGUGGUUACACGCGUUUUAACUACAAAUAAAAACUAAAAUGGCCAUUGAAGCAAAGAAUAAAAGGAAACGUAAGCAUCAAUCCACGCAGCAAGAAGGCGAGGAGGCCAUCGACGAUGGGGAAGUUGCAGUGCCAAAGAAAGUGGCCAAGAAGGCAAAGGACAAUAAAAUAAUUAAAAAGAAUAAGAAUAAUGCUUCCGCUGCCGAGGAACAACAGUUACAAGUAGCAGAGGAAGUAGAAAAUUAUGCCAGUUACGACGUUGAAGAGCAAAGAGAUGAAGAAGAAGCGGAUGCUUUGGGAAGUGCCCAGCAGACGGAUACAAUACAGGAACACGACUCUGGCUUUGAAGAGAAAGAGCUAAAUUUUCCGAAAGAUUUUAAAAUGCUACUUUUUCGCACUAAGCUACGCAGCAAUAACUUCAUAACAGAACUGCGUCACUUUUUACAUAUCGUGCAAUCGCGCCCCAAAUUGGUUGCGAAAUAUAUUGAGAAACGCGGGAAACCACUUGAAUUAGCCGAAGCGUUAGAACGCGUAGAUAAAACCAAUUUACUACACAUCGGCUACCUCUGCCAGGCGCUGCAGCUUGUGUUGAUGGAGAUCGUUUCUAACCAAAAAGAUCAUAUGGAAUCGGCUGUGUACGCCUCACGCUAUUUUCUCAAGUCUCAUGGCACGGUAUUAGACCUAUUACUUAAGUCGACGCAGCUACAGCAUCGCCGCACAGCGCUCAAACUACUGACUGCCAUUGUUUGUGUAGACCCUAAAUUGGGCCGUCAGUUGCUCGCCUCAUAUGACGUCCUCUCCAAUGUAAAGACCAUUGAGAAGUUGCUUUCACAUUCUCAUUUGGAGCUCCGUGAACCGGAGACAGUACGCAAAUGCUUCAUACACUUUGUGCUCGCCUAUUUGGUAGACGGCAAUACGCUGCUAAUACGCAAUAUACUCGAUCGUGGCGCCUUAAUACGCGCAUUGGUUUCGGGCUUGCAAUAUGAUGAUCAUGUUACCGUCUGUGUGGUGGUAAGCACACUGCGCAAAUAUGUGCUCGAGUGUGCAGAGAUAUCGAAAACAAAGAAGAUACAUGUUUUCGAUGCUGAAUGUUGUAGAAAUUUCGCGCACCUCUAUGAUUGGCAGGGACCAAAAGUUUAUGCAGCGAAGUGCUCGGGCAAGCAAGGCGCCCAGACACGUCUUAAACUGGAGCAAAACAAUGAUUUAGUGAAUACAGAGGAGAGAGAUGCGGUCGCUAAGGUAGUGCAUGAAUUUAUGCUGUUGCUCUUGACAUCGAGGAAGCAUGGUAUUUGCUUCGAUGCAGUUACUCACUACAGGCAGAAACACAAUGCCAUACAGGGCAAACUUAUAAGUCAGCUGUACAAGCCGUGGUGCGAUGAACGUAAAACCGAACUAGUAAUACGUAUACUCACUGCCUGCGCCGAUCUUGGGCGUCAUACCGUACGACACUUCGCAGGUAUUAUAAACCCUAUGCGCACCCCUUCGCGUGAUUGGAUCGGCGCCUGCACUUUUCUAACUAAAAUUAUAGCCACCUUGGAACCACAACUGCUACGCACUGCGCUGGACAAAAUUACACUCACCGAUUGCACUUACUUUAUUAAGGAUGUUUGCUUGCCUAUCGAGACGUUGGCACUCGUAACUGGAGCUAAAAUGGUACGUCAUAAAAGCUUCCAAUUCCGCGUGGCUGCCAACCGCCUGCUAUAUACGAUGUUUUCGCAAUAUUCUGCUUACAUGUCGGCGAUUGCGAAGCGUGAGGAAGCACGUGGAAAUGUGAACUCCUUACGUCGCUUUCGCUUGGAUAUAUUGAAUCAUAUUUUGGUGAAUUUUCCCACAGUCGAGGAGAUACUUUUCUCUUUGAACAUAUCUAUAAAAUCUCAGGAUGAUGAGACAGUCAAUGUGCUUGAGCAUUUGGAUAUAUCAUUGGAUUUAGUAUUGGUUAUAUGCAAGGAACACCGGUCGUUUGUGAACAAGACUAGCACCAUUUUAGAUUACUUGGAGCUGUUGCGUCCGCUCUAUGCUGGCGAUGAGUCGGAAGAUAUCGCCGCCGAGACAAGCAAUAUCAAAUUAGAGCUGAAGGCCAUCAAAACUAUAUUGCUGCUGUUGCCAAAGGCUCUGGAGCCGAAUCAAAAGCUUUUUAGCAGCGUUUUGAAAUCAUUCAUCAAGGCUUUCAUGUACGGUAGUAGCGAGGUAAGCGUUGAGGCGGGUGAUUUGCUGCGAAAAAUUUUCUUAAACACUGGACUUUUCGAUUCUGGCAUUUGGGAGGUCGAUUUGUGGUUGGAGGCAUUGCGUUUCUUCGAUGUAGUAACGGUGGAUGUUGUCACACAGGUUUUAGUCCAAGUGCUGCAGGUAACUAAAGUAGAUGUAGAGAUACCCAAAACAGCUGAAUCCAAACUAAACGAGGAAAAUUUGCAAAGACUUUUUGAGAACAUCGAAAAUGGUCUCUCCGUUCAAGCUUAUGUGGAAAGUAUUUCGAUUAGCAAGCUUAUGCCUCUCAUAUUCAAGGGUGUAGAGAUUAUUUCACCGCUGGACAAAUACUUAGAAACUGUCUGCCUAUUGCUCUAUCACUACUACCCAAACCCGGAACAAGUGCUACAACUGUACAAACAACAAUUCAAUGCACUUGAAAAAUAUAUGACAGACUGGCUAGUUGGCAGCGACAAGGAACCAUCGCUCACGUUCGCUAAACUGCCGUUAGGGUUAACCACCUUAGCACAACUGCAUGACGCGCUGGUGCAGGGUGAUGUAAGACUUGGAAAAAUGUUCGCCGCAGCAAAACCUGAGAAGCGACCACUUGAGUUGAUGCUACGCGGGGAGGCGGUCACGCUCAGCGCCGCAUUCAGGAGUAAGCGUUUGAUAAUGAUCUACGUACAGCAGGCGCUUUUCCUCGUGGCACAAUUGGUUGAAAAGCAGCGGUUUACGGCCAAGCAAGCCGAGGCGGCGGCCAACUUCCUGGGCGAUUGUAUCGAAGUAGUGCACGAGCAGGUGACAGUCGAGCAAACGGUGUCAACAAAGAUUGAAAAGGAUUACAAUUUCUUGGAUGACUUAUUCAAAUACAUUUUCAAUUUACGUUUGACGCGCAUACAAAGCACCGCGCUGUUUAGCGCAAACAGCGAUUCACAGCUGAGCUACCUCUUUUUCCUGCGUCUACUCACCGAACGCUGCAACGCACACUCUUACUUUGAAACGCAUGCUACGAAUUGUCGGCUGAAGGUUGUGAAAGCGAUCGCUAUCUCAAUGCUGGAGGUGGAACAGACAAAAGCGGCUAGUGAACAGUUGGCGGAUGCAGUACGCUUGGUGCACGCCUUGCAGUUGCGCGCCAGCGAAUGCACGGAAGUGCUUGAGUUACUGGUGACGCAACUGAAGUGCAACGAUUUUGUGCUCGCGGACACCCUGCAGAAGAGCAUCUAUUAUGAAUUCUUAGUGUGCGCGCUUCAACGUUUGGCCGCAUUACGUCGGCCGGUGGAAUGCGAAAAUUUCAUUCGAAAAUUUGUGAAGUUGUACUUGAAUUUUAUAAAUAGCUUUGGCAGCGAGAUGGCUUUUGAACAGCUGGAAGAGGCUCUACAUGGCUUUUUAUGCAUUGCGCAUCAGUAUAUACCACAGAUGGGCGUUAAUUUCUUUGGCGCUUUCUUCACUGAACGCCGCAUUGCCAAAUCGACCAUCAAGUUGGCUUGCCUGCUGUUUGAACGUGAUGAGCGGCUGGGCACUGAGUUCAAGCAGCUGUUACCGGAGAAUCUUAAUAAGAAAGAGCUUGCUUACCCGUUGCUGGAUAUAGCGUUCCGUAAACAAUUAAUGUUUGAGCCAGUGCUAUUGCACAACGUCUAUCAGUCGUUUAAGAGUGGCUUCAUGAAAACUAUCGAGAAGCCACAAAAAGCGGGUGUUAUCUACAAGGAGCAUGCGGGAGUUUCCAUUGCCUUGAUCGAACACUGCAUGCCGCGUUCGGAGUGCCUUGAUUUCUGCAAUAAAUCGUUCAAAUUUGAUGGCUUGGAGGUGUAUCAGCUGCGCGUAAUACAUGCGAUUUACAAGAAAGCGAUUGGUAGUGCUGAGGAAGCUACAAAUAACAGCGCGCAGCGUGCAACUAUAUUUGUGAAUUUCGUCAACUUGCUGGUACAGCUGCUGAGUAUUGAACUGAGAAAGCAGCUGCAGGAUGCCGAAAAGCUGGAGCAAAGCGCCUUCCUGCUAUACGAUUGGUGGCAGCAGGCGAACGCGGAGUGCGCCGCAGGGCAUGCUGUAAAGACACAGAAGGGGUCGGCGAAAAAGAAGAAGAGUGGGAGCACUGCCGAUGAGAGUAAUGAUUUUAUAACUACCGAGGCUACAACAGAUGACGCUGAAUUUGCACCCGACUUCUCGAAGCUGCUAAAGAAUCAACAAUGGCUAAAUUUCUGCAAGCUCUGCCUCAAGCUGGGCAUGCAAUAUGUCGCGGACGACGCUGCCGCUCCACAUCAGUCAGACGCCACAUACGCCUUAUUACUACAACUGCUCGCAUACCUUUGCCAGAAGCUCUAUGUCGACUACUCAGCGAAUACGGACGCUGAACCACCGCCAGCAGAGCCUGCUCAGCUAUUCGACAUGAUUUUCGGUCAUUCCAAGUUUUUCGACAUCGUUUUGUCGCAGCGGGAAACACAAGUUAAGACGCAAGUGCUCCACCUGCUCUAUACGCUUGCACUCAAGAAUCCCGAAGCGCUCAACGAAGCGCAAAUACCAAUUAUUUUAGGCGCCUAUCAAGCGAAACUAUCUGACGCCGAUCGCUACGCCUUGGCGUUGCUACAGCUCUACGAGAUUCACGACUGUGGCUUGCAGCAAUAUCGCCCGUUCAUUUGGGGCGAAAGCGCUAUAGCUUUCUAUUCGUUGCGCGUUGCGGAUGAGGAGCGUGCCAAGCUAACGUUGCAGGAGACGUCCAUUGCGCAAGUGAUGUCGCUCAUCGAUCGCCAGCUGUGCGAGUACACAAUCGACAAUUUUCCGAUAUGGCGGAAAUUGAAUAGCGCAGAGCAGCUACCCAUUGUGGAGUUCCGCGAUCCGGCUAUGAAAGCGCUGGAGUUUGGCAGCAAUGAGCUCGAAUGCCGCAUUGAGCGUGGUUGCACGCAAUUCGUAGAGGCUGAAUUGCGUUUGUGUCCAGUGCGGGCACGCAUCUACACGCAAUGCUAUGAUCCAGCUUUCUUUGUGCCGCUCAUGAAUAUGUGUUUUGCUCCCGAAGCUUAUUCGCACCCAGCAUCUCCAGUACAAAACGGGUUGUUGGCGUUAUCGUUUGCAGCGCUUUCGUCGCAAGAUCGUGACAUGCGCUUAGCUGCCGGGUGUGUGCAGUUGCGGUACCGCGCACAUUUCGAGGCGAACAAAUUCUUCGAGCGCCCGCUGUGGGUGCAGGCCUACGACAACAUACAGGCGGGACUCAACGAGCUGCGCGAAUCAUGGGUGAAGCAUAAGAAGAACAGCGGAACGCCACGUGUGCCGUACAUUUCAGGUCUAUUCGUCGCUAAAACCUUCAAUUUGACCACCGACCCCACGCACCUGCUCUACAAGCAGCUGACUAUGUAUUUGCGGUUGAAGAGCACUUUCAAUUUCCAGUGCGUGCCUGAGUUCAAUGUGCUCUUCUACUCACCCGAGAUAGAGCACCAAGCCUUCCGCCAGUUCAUUGUCGAGGUCAUACGCAAUGGCAUCAAAUCCGGCUCAGAUCUCUUUUUGCUCGUCACCACCAAUACCUUUAAAGUGCUGCAGGGUUUCUAUGGCAGCGCCAUGUCCACAUUGGAUAUGAAUUUACUCAUACUCUCCGUCUUCUCCACUUGCGCAAAAAUACCCGCCUCCUCGAAAGUAAUGAUCGAGCAUGUCGGUCUGCUGUCUUGGCUCAACUCGGUCAUAAGUACUAUAGAAUUCUAUCACUUUGAUGUCAUUGAGGGCCUCAUAAGCACGCUCAGCAAUCUAUGGUAUUCUGUGCGGGCAUUUGCCAGCGAGUUUCAUAAUUUUGCACACAUAAAACUCGAACUACAUCAGCUGGUUUUGCGUUUGUUACCACACCUGUCAGCACGUAUUUCGCCACACAACUUUGCGCGUCUCAUGAAUGUGCUACAAAAGACGACGAGCGGUCAGUAUCGUGCCAUGUCUGAGUCGCAGUUGGCGAACUUGAUUGAAUGCGCCGGCAAGCACUAUCCCACGCUAGUGCAGGACAUUGAGGGCAUUAUGGCGUUCGGUGGCGCUGGCGCGGCUGCGCAUGAGGACUACUGUCGUGGAUUACAUGCCGCGGGUGAGGAUGUGGACGCGUCCACCAUAAUGGCUCUGUCCAGCUUGCGUGCCUACACAAUCGAUUGGUGGCACAAUAGUCGUGCGCAGGAAGUAGUUGGUGGUGGAGGUAGUGAGUCCACGACUGCGGAUUUAAAUGUAACGGCGAGCGAGUAAAUGAGUACCAAACUUACUACGCUUAUUGUUUGCGCUCUUCAAUUGAAUAGCCUUGAAAUGGGUUUAGUAUUAAGUUUUCAUUUCAAUGUUUAAUUGUCGUAUUUUAUGUAGUUGCGAUUACUGCAAUCGAAAAUGUUUGAUGAAACCAUUGUAUAUUUUUAGGCUUUUAAAACGUCAAUAUAUACUAUCUAGUUGUUAUAUGCCACAUGUAUGUGUGUGUUAAAAAAUGCAUCAAGCCAAAGCAUCAGUUACUUUUAUUUCUAAACUAUUGUGGAUGGAAAUGUUCAAUAUGCCCAACCAUGGUUUAAUGCCUGAUUGGAACAUAAUUGCGAAAAUAAGGCAUCUCCUUCAAUUAUAGUUUAGAAGUAAAAGAUACUGAUGCAUUUGCUUGAUGCAUUUCUGAACGCACCCUGUCUUCAAUUAGCAAUUAUGCCGCUUUAUAUUUCAGAGAAAUUGGCUUUAAAAGAAAUUUUUUAAGUCGUUCAUGGGUGCAUGAUUUUAAGUAACUUUUUUUUUUAUCAAGGUGUUAAAAAGUUUCUAAACCAGGCAACUUUGUGAAAACAAAUAUGAUGCGUGCCAACACUUCUAAGCACGUUUCACAAACAAAUCAGCAGUGAGUUAACAAUUGCGGAAAAAUGCGAAAUUUAGAACAGCCACAGCAUGUAGAGGUGUGUUGAAUGAAAUAAAUACCAGAAAACCUCAUAGGUAUGUGAAUAUUAAAAUUAAAACAAGUAAUUUUUAGCA